AUGGCUCCAGCCAUGUGGAGGGUUCUUCUAACUCUGCUUCUUCUAAAUGGGGCAGACCUCGUCAAUGCUGCCUCAUCUCCAGAGGUCUUCAAUCUGAUUGGUCAGAAUGGUCCUGUGACAGCUCCAAUUGGGUCAUCCGUCACCCUCCCCUGUGCCCUCUCCCCGUCCUUCAGUGCAGUACCUCUACAGGUGCGAUGGCAUCGACCCGGCUCCUUUCAGAAGCCAUUUCUGAUGUAUGACGAUACUCAGAUACAGCCUGACACAGCAAACCCCCAGUACCAGGGCAGGGCGUCUCUGGUUGGAGAUCUGAAUAAGGGCGAAGUGUCCCUCAAACUGACCAACAUCACCCUUGCUGACAGGGGCCAGUAUGUGUGUCAUGUGAAGAGUAGGAUAUGGUACACUGAUCUCGACAUCAGCCUCAUGGUCAAGGUUGUAGGUAGUGUUCCAGUUGUGUGGUCUUUCGAUAUGGGAAGUGGACAGGUGAAUGUUACCUGUGAGUCGGAGGGUUGGUCUCCACAGCCCACACUCAUCUGGAGAGACUCCAGAGGGACACACAUCAGCAGCAACUCCAGUAAUGUGAACUUCUUCUCAGAUGAGGAUGGUUUGGUGUCAGUGCGCUCCUGGCUGCUCUUCUCCCCCUCACACUCAGAGUGGCUCUCCUGCUCUGUGGGGCUGUCUGACCAGGAGACCACCCAGAGCAGGGUGGCAUUACGCACAACUGCAGGAAGUGUCACCCAGUCCUUCAGUGGAGACCCCUACUGCCCAACAGCCUCCAUCAACACUAAUGCCCAGACCAGUGGCAGCAUCAUGAAAGAAGACUAG